CAUAGACAGACAGAGAGGGGAGGUCGGUGCCAAUCCUGUCCAUUAAACCACCCCUCAUAAAUGUUCUGCUGCCACAUAUUGUAUCCCCCACAGUCCAAAUUAAUAACUUUCGUCCGCAUGUGCAAAAAACAAAAGACUAGUCUAUCUGGUAAGUGACUUGACUUCCUUAUUGCUGCCAUCCAAUAAUAAGAGAGAGGCCGGUCAUGGCGCUGCACCUCACAGACUGAGCGACAACUGAAAGAGAAAGUAAAAACUCUGCCAGGGAAGUAGCUCCAUUACACUGCUUUUCGUUUAGCACAGGCAUGUUGUUUCCUUAGAAGUGACGGUCAAAAAAGGAGAAUAGCCAUCGACCAUUCUGGUAGAUAUAACUAUAGACUAAGUGCUGCGAUUCACCUGAGGUCACCUGGAGGAAAAAUGUCCCGCGGUUCAAACGCAGGUUUCGACCGACACAUCACCAUAUUUUCACCGUACCAAGUCGAGUAUGCCUUCAAAGCCAUCUCCCAGAGCGGGCUGACGACUGUGGGGGUCCGGGGGACAGACAACGUUGUGGUGGUCACACAGAAGAAAGUACCUGACAAGCUGCUGGACUCUUCCACUGUUACCAAUAUGUUCAAACUGACCCCUCGUAUUGGCUGUGUGAUGACUGGACACAAUGCGGACAGUCGUUCCCAGGUUCACCGGGCACGAAUGGAGGCUGGGGAAUGGAAAUAUAAGUUUGGUUAUGACAUCACUGCAGACGUGUUGUGUCGUAGGUUGGCUGAUAUCUCCCAGGUCUACACGCAAAACGCCGAAAUGAGACCCCUAGGCUGCUGUAUGAUCAUGCUGGCUAUUGACCCCCAGCAGGGCCCUGUCCUGUUUAAAUGUGACCCAGCAGGCUACUACUGUGGCUUCAGAGCCACAGCGGUCGGGGCCAAGCAGACAGAGGCUAACAGCUACCUGGAGAAGAAACUGAAGAAAAAGCCUGAACUGACCCACGACAGAACAGUACAGUUGGCUAUAUCCUGUCUGUCCUCUGUUCUGUCCUUGGACUUCAAGGCCAAUGAGCUCGAGGUCGGCGUAGUCACCAAAGAAAAACCUAAGUUCAGGAUGCUGUCAGAGGCAGAGAUAGAAACCCACCUGGUUGCCAUAGCAGAACGGGAGUAGAGGUGCCUUCAUGCACAUCCAGCCAUGAUUUACCAACACUGUUACCAACAGUUUUAACCCCAGAAGUACAUUCCCUUCUAACUGUGUGUCCAGGAAGCUUAGCCAUGUACACCUGAGGGCAAAACUUUGUUAUAAAGGACUGAUACAGGCUUGAGUGAUAAUAAUUUACCAGACAUUUCCAACUGGCUUUUUUAAUUCAAUAAACAGUAGGAGCACAAUGUCUCCAUUGUGAUCUAGCACAAUAAAAACCAUCUUUAGUAGACAACACAAGCAACGCAGUCGACUAUACUUUGAAACAUACUGUAUUUCCAUGUUUGAAAUGCAACAACAGCGUAUUUAUACUGUAUGUUUUAGCACUGGAAUUGGUGCAGUUUCCACUCUAAUAAAAUUACAGUGAAAAUGUC